UGCCAUUUUAGUUCCUGCAGAAGGCGAAGGGAGAGGCGGAAGCGGCGCCAUCAGACUGCGGUUGCUGGGCGAAAGUGCGUCGCCUCGGCGUUCGCCUGCGGGUCCGGCUUAGGGAGAAGAAGUAUUAGUGAUAGUGUUACCCACCCGAACAGCUACAAUGCCGUCCUCACCGCUCCGAGUGGCUGUGGUGUGCUCCAGUAAUCAAAACCGCAGCAUGGAAGCGCACAAUAUCCUCAGCAAACGAUCAUUCAAUGUACGGUCCUUUGGAACAGGAACACACGUGAAGCUUCCCGGACCAGCACCAGACAAGCCUAAUGUUUUCGAUUUCAAAACCACAUAUGAACAGAUGUACAAUGAUCUGCUUAAGAAAGACAAAGAACUAUAUACACAGAAUGGGAUUUUACACAUGCUCGACAGAAACAAAAGAAUCAAGCCACGACCAGAGAGGUUCCAGAACUGCAAAGAUUAUUUUGACCUAGUGAUUACCUGCGAGGAAAGAGUAUAUGAUCAAGUAGUCGAAGAUUUAAAUUCUAGAGAACAAGAAACAUGUCAGCCUGUUCAUGUGAUAAAUGUUGAUAUUCAGGAUAACCAUGAAGAAGCCACCUUAGGAGCAUUCUUGAUUUGUGAACUUUGCCAAUGUAUACAGCGAACAGAAGACAUGGAAAAUGAGAUUGAUGAACUGUUACAAGAGUUUGAAGAUAAGAGCGGUCGGACCUUUCUUCACACUAUCUGCUUUUAUUGAUGGAAGCCCUCUCUGGCCUUAUGGAAUGCGACUAUUAUUAUUUUCAUUUACAAGAGGGAAAAAAACUUUCAUCUCUUUUCAUCCGCAAAGUGUUUCUUUCCUUUAGGUAUUUUGUCCAAAAGGCAGAGAUGUAAAAAAAAGAAAAUAUGUAUAUAUGGCAAAGGAGACCUAGACUUCUACAGAUACAUAAAUCAGGAUUGCUUAAAAUUGUGGAGGAUAAUGCCUUUGUCCCCCCCCUCCCCCUUUUUUACUUUUCUUUAUGUAUGAGGAAUUUAUGUUGUGGUUCAAUUUACUUUUUUUUUUUUUAACCCCUUUUUGCUGUCGGAGCUAGCAAUAUGUUGAUGGACCCAUUUAACGGUCAGUGUAUGGGUUAACACUGACUCAAAAGGUUGUAAGGCAGAUCAGAAUAUGAAUAUUAAUAUCUGUAAAAUAAUAGGUAAUAAAAUGGAAAUAUAUCCAAUAAA